GUUACAAGCUAAUUCGAUUUUCUGUUGUCCUUGUUUUAUUUACUCAUGGGAUCAACGUGUUGUAUUGAAGAUUGACAGACAGAGAAAUGGUAUGUAUCUUGGUCAGAUGCCAUUUACUUCAGAUAAUGUUUGUCAAUAUAACUUGACACACAUCUUUGUUCCUCCUUACCUCACUCCCAGACAUUGCCAAAGAAUAUGCUUGUCUGAAUCAUUUUUCUGUCAUGAUUUCAAUCUAAAAUACAUUUGCAGAAAUUUUCAGAUCUCAGUCAGUUUUCCUUAUUUUCAUUAAUGCAAUGUACCUUCUGGAUUUUGAAAUUUUACCCAAGUUUUUAAUAAUCUGUUCAGGAUAGUUUUUGAACUUGUUGCAGAUUAGAAACACAAGCAGUAUCUGUUGAUGUAUUUUCCAAAAUUGCUGCUUUGUGUUUCUUGCCUGUAUACAGUAGCCGUAGCUGUUUGUAUUGAAAUCCACUGCAUUUUUCUUUGUUACUUAUCCCAUUCUAAAAUCUAGCAAACACUAUGAAGUGUAUUUUGUUUGAAAUUAGGGCAGAACCAAGUAUUUCUAAAAGGUUCUCCUUGUGUGGGGAGACCGAAAAGACAGAUGGAUGAGGUGCCGAAUAAAGGAGGUAAGUUUUGGAUGAGCAUGCUCGGGAGCUUACCAUAUCUUCAACUUCUUUGGUAUUGGAAUCAUUUGAAAAGAAAGAAAAGUAUCAGAUAUCUUUUCCAAGUGGUCUUUUUCUUGUAUCUAAACUUGAUGGUUUUGUUUGUAGACCAUGCAAACAAUAACUUAGAUCAGUCAAAUGAGACAAACAAUUUGAAAGGGAAAGAAUUGCAGCAAAGGAUUCUUCUGCAUGAGCUUGAACCCUUUUCUCUUGGGGCUCUUCAUGAACUUGUCUCUUUAGUUCAUGACCAUAUUAAUGUCGCUGAUCAAACUCAACUGAUGCAAUCUACUUCAGUGAAUGAUCCUGUGCCUCAUGUGAAAGAUGAACACCAGAAAACUCUGACUACUGAAUUAUUUCAGUUGGAAGAUGAUCCAGUUGCUAAAAUUCUUUGGAACCUUGAACCUCACACUCUUCAAAAUGUCUUUCUUGCAAUGGCUGUGAGUUUUUCAUCUCCUAUAAGCUAUAAGCCUUAAUUCUUCUAACUGAAUUUUCUGUUAAUUACUAGAAUGAAGCUUGUUUGUUUUGAAGGUAUUCUCUUGAAUAACAUUUCCAUUUUAUUUUGCUUGAUGAUGAAAAGUUUGGUUUUAUCUUGAUGGCACCAUUUUGGUACUGCAUUUUUAUUCUUUGAAAGUUCAGGGAAUUGUGUUAUCAAAGGUACUUGGCUGCUUGCCUAUGGAGAUGUUUAUGACAUGCUAUUAAAUACCUCUUCUUCUGUUUUAAUAUUAUUAUUCUAAAUUUUCCUGGUUUCUGUGUUCUUUGCUCUUUUAUUUUAUUUAUUUUAUUUUUCAUUGUGAGAUGGUUAUCCACAUUAUACAAUUCCUUUCAGCACAACUUCCCUAGGACAUUGGAGGCUCUGAUUCUUCACUUGCUUUCUCCCGUGGGGGCAGAAGUUCUUACUCGAAAAUUUGAUGAGAUUGAUCAACAGAACUCUGAAGAAGAUCGAAACAAAUUCUACCAGAUUUUCUAUGGUGCAUUUGAUGACCAAUUUGCUGCAAUGGAUGUAAUAUUAAAUGGAAAAGAAUCAUUUGCACACCAGGCAUUCAAGACUGUAUUGGAUAAAUAUAUGGGUGUGGACUUUAACGUGCUAAAACCAGGGGUUGGAAGACACAUCUAGUGAAUCUUCUUUAGAAUUGGUCCUGCAGUGAUCUCGAGAUUGUAAAUUGAUGCAUAUUCAUUUCAGAGGCUUUCUGUCGCAAUCAGUACUUUACCAUGUGCCUCAUUCACAAUUUUGUAGAAUCUGAAUCAUUGCAAACCUUGAAUGGUGCAGCAUAGCUCUGCUGGUUUAAGGUGUGUAUUGUUCAAGUUCCAAAGUUCAUGUUUUCGUUCUUAUGUUUAUAUGGACCAUUAAGCCUAUAACUAGCUUGUAGGAGACUAGUUUUUACACCAUUUAAACAACAAUCUAGUAGUAAAGAAUAUCUGGUGUGUAAACACCAGUUAAAACGGGUGUUUUUUCCUCUUUUUUUUAUUUUUUUUUGGGUUACAUUUGAUGAUGGACAACAUGAUAACCCUCUCAUUUUCCAGACCUCACCGGUUUAAAGGUUUGAAUUUGAAACCAUCAAUUUGGAGUCUUAAACUCUGGUAAGAACUAAGACAGUAAGAGUUAUCCCUUAAUUAGGAGCUGGUAGUAGUGUUAUUAAUGUAAUGGUUAGGAGGUGUGGAAAAGAGAGGGCGAGUGGGGGUGUAUUAUGGUGAUUUGCAGCGGAAGGUCUUAAAUGUGUAAGAUCUACCGUGAAUCUUACAAGUUUCCAAAGGAAGAGACACCUUGAUGGUAAUUUGACUUGUACGGUGAAGACCCACUAUUUGUCUGUUUCUCCACUUGCUAUUGGUGUGUUUCUUCUAUCAUGGAUGUGUGCUCAGUCUUUGUCCUAUUAUUAUUACUUAAUAAAAUUAAUUGUUUUAA